GGGGAUCAGACCGCAUCCUAACUUAAUUUCCCUAAAAACAGCCAGUAGAGGAAGCAAGGGAACGCGCGUUCACGGUCUGCAAACAUGAGAGCGCGCUCGUGGGAGCGUGCCUGAGAGCGGUGUCGCUCCGUGACGUUCAUUCAUUUAACGUUUAAAAAACAAAACUGACGGUAACGCGGUGUCAUUCAGCUCGACCAGGAUACAAGAACAUACCGUAUUCGUCCGACUCAAUCUGAUAUGACAGAGUGAAUGAAGGUGGACAGGGGUGAUGUGGACAAAGAAAGAUAAGAGGCCGCAGAAGUCGGAAUGACACAGGGUUUCCCUACAGUGACCCCAUUUGUGUUGCUCUUCCUGAUGGGAUUUGCAAUGGCUGGUAUCCAUCUCUGGCCAUCAUUACACAUCGCCUUGAGCAAUGCCAGUGUGUUUGUGGAUUACAGCACUGAAAGCAACUUCACCGUCCACAGGCUGACAGUGUCAUUGAUUGACAUUGACAGGAAUGUCACAGUACUCUCUAGGUCGCUUCCCUUUAACCAGUCAGAAGGGUCAAUGGAGUUCAACUGCUCUUGCUUCCUGUAUGCAGGUAAUUUCAGAUUCAGACUUGAGCAGAAGCACAUCCUCGCCUUGUCUAACAUGAGUGCCGUCUGGUGGUGGAGUCCAGUUCUACAUGUGCAUUGGCCCACCUUUCACCUGGUUGUGGAUCGUGGCAGCAACAACAGGAGCUUUAAUGACUUUAGGAUUGGAGUGUACACUAACAACAACUUCCAUCCUUGUUCGAGCAACAAAGCUUCAACUCUCUUCCUUGACGUCAGUUACCUGGAACAAGUCCAGAUAGGGAGGAACACCUUUGAGAAGGUGCAGAACCGGAUAAGGCAUAAUAUUAAAGUAGUAAGGUCACAACAUGUGGAGAUGCCAUGUGCAUCCCCUCUGACAGAGCGUGGUUUCAUCCAGAUUUCCCUAAAAUCCCCUCACACCCAGCAAGAACUAAAAUCCUCUGGUCCCCUUUACAUGUCCAGCAUCUUCUCCUACAAGCUUCUUGUGGAUAACAUUUACAAAAGUGGCUGUGAGGGAGCCGUGACUGUUCGUCGAAUCGAUCCUCCCUGUACGGUUACAAAUGGAAAAGUUCUGCUUUAUAAAGAAGAGAAUAAUGAUAUGGCUGCACCCUCUCACCUGGCGUUCAAUUUCCUGAUGCAAGGGGAGAAUGAGACUGAGUUUAACUGCUCCAUCUUUGACCCUGGCAGGAAUAAGUAUUGCUUCCAUUUCACACUUGUCUACAGUAAGGCUCCCAGUUUGACACACACCUGUGUGAUUGUGCAAAGACAUACACGAAUGUGGGGACCGUGGCAGCAAUGGAGUGGUUGUAGUGUGACGUGUGGGGAAGGGGUGCGAGAGCGUGUUCGUGAAUGUCUGCUGCCCUCUACUGGUGGGAUCCAAUGCACUGGCAUGGUUAUGGAGCAAUCACACUGUUCGCUAGAAGAUUGCACUGAGGAGCUCCUGCCUCCACCUCUCACCCCUCCGCCAGCUGUGAACUCUCCCCUAAUUGGGAAUUUAGUGGUAGUAGCUGGGAUCUUCCUGUGCCUGGCUGUGAUCCUGGCCACCAUCUUUAUCACAGUGUGGAGAAAACUCUGCCGUGCUCCAAAAUGCAGCUCCAUGCAACGUGGCUCUCUGCACUCUCCCAGUGGUCGGAAGCACUCUGAUGAGGCUUCUAUCUACGGUCACAGCAUGCAGAGACCCAGUUUCUCAGAAAGUCUCCAGGCAGCUUCCCUCCAGAAGGGACUUACCUUGCCUGCAAAGCAAGGACCUUCAGACCGAGGUGUGUUGGCACAUCAACAGAGCAUGUCCCUUCCUCUUCCCCUUUCUCAAGACCCAGAUAGGAUGUCUCCUUCUGGCCAAAAGGUUCUUCCUCCUAUUUUUGGCUACCGGUUGGCUCAACACCAGCUCAAGGAGAUGAAAAAGAAGGGCUUAAAAGAGACCACUCAAGUCUACCAUGUGUCCCAGAGUCCAGUUGACAACACCAUACUAGAGGCAAUGGCUUCAACCCCUUCUGGUCUAAUUCCAGUGCCCCAAGAACUUGACAGCCCAGAAGAGUCAAGCAGCAGUCACUUCCGCAUAAGGUCUUCCUUUCCAGAACCCACAUGGCCUUCCAAAAACAACGCUUUAUCAGACAGACAAAAGGUGGACUUGUUGCUGAGUCCAACAAAGUCUUCAUUCAGUGCCAGCUCUCAUCGUCUUGAGCGUACGGCAGACUGGGUGGAGAUGGUAGAGCGCAGUAGAAUGCCAUACUCCAAGAAUCCCAACUUCAGGAGAACUUCAAGCUUCCACGAGAACAACCAGAAGCAGCUGCUCCUUUCCCGACCCUACAGAGAAAGAAGCAUGACCCAGGUGACUCCUCGCCAGCUACCAGAGGGGAGCUGUAGAAGUAGACCCUGGGAGCAUACACUUCCUGAACUUGAGGUUUGGUCUUGUUCCAGUCCUAAAAUAACUGAUAGCUCAGUGGACCACAGGAGAAGACCAUGGGUUGACACUCCCCGGUCUCAGUCAAAUUCAAAAGAUUCAGUUCCAGUGACACCAACAAAAGAGCCCUUGAUAGAUCAUCACUGCAUGGCUCGAAGCCCAUCUUCUGCACUGGACCAAUGUGAACAGGCAGAACAGAACUGGAACAGAAGAGGUCCCUCUGCUAUCCAGAGGAACAUACUAGCCAGAAAGCUACGAGAGGCUAAGUCAUCUACUGGCCACAGGCAACGCAGUUCCACAUUUUCUACCUCAGAGCAGAGCAGGGGAUGCUGUCGUAGCCUUCCUCUCUCUGCAGACUACAGCAACUCCCCAUUUAUUCUCACAGAGUCAGAGCAGCACAUGAUGGACAUUUCUGGAUACUUGGGUGAGGAUAAUGGAGUAGAGGUUCUGACUAUUCAUAAACUCACCUGAUCAAACCUGCAUUCCUGCAUUCUGCUAAAGCAAAUUCAAACUUCAAAAUAAAAGUCUUAGUAGAAUGAAGUGCUUGUAUUUAAUAGUAGGAGGAUAUUUUGCUCCAUGUGGACAUGCAUAUCAGAUUUUGUAAGCUCUGUGUUUCAUAUUAUUGUUUUCAAGACUUCAAAUGAAACCUAUGAUCAAUUUAAUUUUUAUUUAUGUUUUUUUUUCUAUUAAUUUGAAAAGUGUUUUAUUAUUUUGCAAACCACUGUCAUGGACAUGGACCGUAUUCAUCCAAAAAAUAUUUUGUACACAUUUGGAUUUGUUUGUACACUGGAAAAUGCAAAUUCUCAGGGUUUUGGCAAUUAUGGAUUUAUUUUAUGAAUGUUUCUUUUACUAUCAGCUAUGUUAAAUAUAUAAAAUGAAAGAGAAAAUAGUCUGAUGCAGUUUUAGAAUCUCAGUCAAGACUUUCAGUAUGUUUAGAUGCUGCUUUAUUAUGGUAUGCAUACGUUAUGCCAUCAUAUGCAUGAAUGCAUGCAAUCUUACAAUAUUUAUAAUUGUAUUUAAAAUUUUACACAUAUAAUAAUAAGCAUAGCAUUUU